CGUGGGCGCCACGUGGUGUUGUCGUCACGUGGUCAGGGCUGCGUCUUGGCUCGCGCGCUCGCUCGCGAACCCGCGGACCAGAGGCGACCGGAGCCGGCGACCAUGGCCGAGGACGCGACCGCGUCCGACGGGACGCUCACCAGCGGUCUGACUCUGCUGGUCAACCUGGGCAAGGUUCUUCUCCAGAAGGCCGAGGAGGAUGCAGAAGCCUCCAUGGAGAACUUUGUCCCAUAUAAGAUCACCACCUUAUUCGGCCUGAUGACUGCCGGAGCAGACUUCUACAAAAGCCUUGGAGUGAAGAAGAGGAGUGAAGCAGAGGCCAUUUGGCAGAAGUCUUACCACCGCGCAGAAGUCAGAGAGCAAGUGGAGGAGCUUCUGCAGCUGGAGGGUGAGUGGGACGCCUUCCUGGAGAGCGUGGACAGCGGUCUGCAGACCACGGACGGACAGCUCUCGGGAGUGAAGACCGCAGACAGUCUGAGCCCCGAUACCCCAUUUACUGAUGGACGGACUGGGAGGAAUGUGACCCUGGGGGAGUACCUGGGCCAGGGUCAGAAGCCGCUGCUGGUUCUCAUCAGACAUUUUGGAUGACUGCCGUGACGAGACCACGUGGCCGAGCUGGAGGCCAGUCAGGCUGAACUGGAGGCUCGGUCACUGCGGGUCCUGGUGGUCUCUUACGGCAGUUUGGAGGGAGCUCAGCUGUGGCUGGAACAGACCGGAUGUACCUUCGAGAUGCUGCUGGAUCCACAGAGGAAGACCUACAGGAGUUUUGGCCUCGGCUCGUCCUACGCCAAGGUGAUGAAGUUCGACUGCCUGCUGCGCUACUCGGAGUACCGAGUUGAGGACAGAGACUUCCCUGACGUCCCCCCUCGCCUGCUGGAGGACAUCUACCAGAUGGGAGGGGACUUCUUGCUGGAUGAUGCAGGGAAGGUGCUUCUCUCUCACCCGUCUAAAAGCCCCCUGGACAGGCCGACCGUGACGGACAUCCUCCAGGCCGCGGACGCCGCAGGCCGCUCUGCCGAGUCUGCGUAGAAACGGCGGCGCGUGGCCCAAGCGAAGACGCGGGAACAUUCGGGGACACAGAGCCUGGGGUUGACCUGAAAGCAUCAUCGACACCACAGAGGAAGAGCGGCUCUUUGACUCGCGUUAGUGACGCCACGCCUCGCACUCAUGACACCAUGAAGAGGUGUGGCCGAGGAAAAAACUGUAAGGCAAAGACGACUGCUCUUCUUUGUUGUGUCAAUGUUGUGAGGGCAGCCUUUUGAAAUGACAAGUACUACUUGAUUAUAAUGUAAUUCAAUACAAACGUAAUUUUAUAACGUAUAAUUGUCAUUUAACUUUAAAAAAGACACUGAUUUGCUCUAGCACUUACCCAAUAUUAGAGAGCAAAGGAUUUCUUCAACGCUGCAUUCACCUGUUUUGGAUUUUGGCGGCUCCAAGUGGCAGUGAGAGGUAACAUUUUUUUUUUUUCAUUUUGAAAGAUACAAAUAACUACAGUACCCAGAAAUCACGCAAUGUAACGUUAGCAUUGUCUGCUUCAUGGAGUCAGGUGGCUGGUCAGGUUAGAGAUGAUGAGAAGAAAAAUCUUUUUCCUGCUUUUUCCUGCCAUUUCACGUUUCAUCUUUGAAUGCAGACGCACAUUUUUAGAGGAAACCUUUGUCUACCGCACUUUGAUAUAGAUAUAAUUGCUGCUGUGCUACAAAUCUGAUCUUUUCGUAUCUAAAAUAAAAAUAAUCGUGAACUGUGA